AUGGCGCCCGCGCGCUCCACCGCCGCUGGCAUCCUCGAGGCCGAGAGCAAGGAGGGACCUUCAGAUGCCGAAGAAUACGACGAUGAGCAGCCGGCGGCGCAGGGCCAGGACGGAGCCGCGGCCUGCAGCAGCGGUGCGCCUCGCCCUUUUCAGGGGUCUCGAGGAGGUCAAGAAUUUGUAGUUUUGUUAGUACAGAGAGCGCUGCGCAGCGCUGCGUCGCAUGCAGCGGAGUGGAUCGAACCGACCCCGGCCAUGGGUCGGCUCAACUCGGGCGCCGGGCAUUUCUCAGCUCGGCGGCGGCACCGAAUUCAAGUCCACGGGGGUCGGCGGAUUCCAUGCACCGCACGGCAGUAA